AUGAAAAUAUUCAAAGGAAAUAAGGUAUACAAAUAUGAACGAUUUCCUUAUUUUUAAUCAAUUAGCAAACAAAAUAUUUUAAUAAUUAACUUAAUGAUUAAAAUCAAUUAAGGCGGCGAUAUUUUUUAACAUUUAGGUUAAUGUCGCCUACCUCCAGUUACCAAACCACGGGAACUUGACAGACGGGAAAUACGUUCCUAACACUGCGUGGCGAGAAGCGUGCUCAAGAAUUUUAGGAAAGGAUGUAUGUAUGAUUGUUUCCAUAAAAUUAUAAACUCAAAAAGCUACAUUUUGGGUUGUUCAUUAUUGUACCUCAUAUAGAGAGAAAUGAGAAGAGGAUUAGAUGGCAUCAUUGGACUUAAUCGCACAUGAAAAAUUGUAAAUUAAGCAAAGGCAAGUACCCCAUUGAUCAAGUAUAUACUUUCUAUUUCUUCCCAGAAAAAAACGCUCAACGAAGUGUUCGCUGUUGCUUCUCUUCCGGAGGAUGGAUGGAAAUUGUUUAACACCAUAUGCGGAAAGUACGAGAAGGGUGGCCUCAAAAAGCAACAAGCUCUUCCAAAAGACUUGAAGGGAAAGCCAACCUUUAAACCUGUAUAUAUUCGAUGCUUGCUGGGGUUAGAUGUUGCUGAUAGGCUAGAAUUGUUAAAUAAGGUAUGUAGUUUAUUCUAUUGAUGGAUAAAUUCUAAAUAACAUCUGCAUAAAAUUAUCUAUCUUUACGAUGAUAGUGAACUAGUGAAAAGUGUAUUUACUGAUUUCAUGUGCGGUAAGCAAAGGGAAUUUAUUUUAUUGAAAUAUAAAUUACGAAACGAAUAUUAGAGCAAAACGUUCAUGUUUCUAUGUACAUUCAUUCUAAGAGCAUGGCCAUUCAGCUUUCCAACAGUGGGUUGCUUCUUAAAUUUAAUCCUACCCAGCAAGCUUAGUUUUACUCUGAAUACAUUUUAGAUAACAUUGCUCUUCACCUACCCUGGAUUCCAGAGCCUUCGACAGUAAAUAAUAAAUUGAAAUGUCGCGAAGGCUCUGGUUCAACGGGGCGAUUCUUUGAUUAAACCGCGCCAAUCACAAAACAGAAUUAGUGGUACAGAUUCUGUACUAAAACCACACUAAUUCAGUUUUGUGAUUGGCGCGGUUUAAUCAAAGAAUCGCCCCGUUGAACCAGAGCCUUCGCAACAUUUCAAUUUAUUAUUUACUGUCGAAGGCUCUGGAAUCCAGGGUACUCUUCGCCAGAAGUUGCGUGCAAGUUGCAACAAAAAUUACCUCGAGUAGCAUGGCCUUAAUUCUAAUUUAUUUGUUUUUGUAGCAACGUUUCCCAAAUAGUUUAUAUUCUCAUAAACUUAAUUUUUCGCUGCUCCGCUAUUAUGGUUGCCGGAUUGUAGCAAAAUUCAAUACACACAAUUUAUAUUCAAUACACACAUUUUAUGUUCAAUGCACUCUUAAAAUAUUCAAUAAACAUCUUAUAUACAAUAAUUACCGAAAUAUUCACUAUCUUCGCAAAAACAUUCAAUAACCUACAUUAAAUAUUCAAUACAACAUCUGAAAUAUUCAGUAAAUUAUCUCCGAAGACUUCGAAAGGAAUAGUGAUAAUAGUGGAAAGCGUCCUCAUACUUCUCAACUUCUGAGUGGUGAGCAGCCGUCAACUAGCCAUCUUGAUGUUUAAAGUCAGCCUACGAGUCAGACUCGUCUUUGUAUGUACUAUAAAGUACAUAUAAGAGUAUUACUGUAAUACAGCAAACUACAUUAACUUACAGUAAAUGAUUGCAAGUCAAAAAGCUUAUGUGCAGUGUUUAAUUACUGUCAACCAAUAACCAUUUCCUGGUUCAAAGUCAGCCUAUAAGAGUCAGACUCGUCUUUGUAUGCACUAUGUUAUAAAAAAUUACUGUAUUAAUAUAGCAAACUACAUAAUGAUUGCAAAUCAAAAAGCUUAUGAGUUACGUGCAGUGUUUAAUAACUGUUUAUACAUAUAAGUAUCUACUUUAUUUACAGAUGAAAAGUAUGAUUAAAAUACUUCUAUAAAACCGAAAGUAGGUUAUUGAAUGUUUUUGCGAAGAUAUUGAAUAUUUCGGUAAUUAUUGAAUAUAAAACGGUUUAUUGAAUAUUUUAAGAGUGUAUUGAAUAUAAAAUGUGUGUAUUGAAUAUAAAUUGUGUCUAUUGAAUUUUGCUACAAUCCGGCAACCAUACUCUUUUGCAUAUUAUUAAUUCUGUAAAACGUUUAUUUAAACAAGUUUCUAUAUAUUAGAUAUAUUAGAUGCAGGGUCUUAGCUAGAGGGCCGUGUUAUCGCGGCCGAAAGUGGAAAAAUACGGCUAUAGAUAAAUGAACGCGGCUUCAUUAUUUAUAUAAGGCUGCGUAGGAUCAUAAAAUAUAGUGUUACUGCUUACAACAGACAUAAUUUCUUCCUAUUUAUGUCGUGAGAAAGUUUGGAAAAUCUACUGUAGUUGUUGAAAUUGGCAAAACUGAUCCGUGAUGUUGUAAUGUUUUGAUGGAUAAUGGGAACUGUAUGGUGUUAAAGUGGUUUUAAGGUUACUUCACACGAUGAACGUGCGUUUUAGUCUAUUGGACAUUGCUCAAUGAAUUUUAGAUGUAACUUUACCAAAUUUUCAGUGAAAAAAGCCAGGAAAAUGCUGAUUCCGAAAAUUUUCUUUUGAUGGGUGUUCUGUUUAAACAUUUUCAGUAUUGGCUGACUGAGUAAAUAUGUAGGUACCUUCAUAAAAAAUCAAAAUAUGUUUAUAGUUUACCUCAACGGUUGUUUAGAUAUCGCAAUUCAAAUCUUCUUAGGCAUGGUAAAAAAAACGUGUGCGGAAAAUUUCUCUUCUUUAGUGGUUUUUCUGAUAUGCCCUGAUUCUUGGAUUUGUCACUGAUAAUUCACGAAGUUGUCAAAGAAAACGUCAUAUCAGAAAAACCAUUGAAGAAGAGAAAUUUUCCGCACACGUUUUUUUUUACCGUACCUAUGAAGAUUCAAAUCGAUAUAUGUAGACAAACGUUGAGGUAAACUAUAAAUAUAUUAUUUGUGAUUUUUUAUGGGAUACUUAUGUAUUUCUUUUGUCAGCCAAUACUGGACAUGUUUAAACAGAACACCCAUCAAAUGAAGAUUUUCGAAAUCAGCAUUUCAUUGGCUUUCUUCACUAAAAAUGUGGUAAAGAUACACCUAAAAUUCGUUGCGCCAUGUUCAAUAGACUAAAACGCACGUUCAUCAUGUGAAGUAAGCUUAAAUAACCCCAAGAGUUGCUGAAAUAACUUAAUAUUUUAAUGUCAGUGCGCAAUAUGAGUGUAUGCUCGCCUUGUAUAUUUUACUCUAUAAAUUAAAUUAAGGUUGCACAUGAGGAAUCUAGCCUUGACGAGAUGAAAGCCAUGGCCGUCGAUCUCAAGGCCCUGAGGCCUGUUCAAAAAGCUAUCGCAUCAUCACUUCAAAAACCCUGGGACGUAGUAGAACAGGAAUAUGGGGACACGGUUCAUCCUUCAAUCUUAAGACGAUUCAUUGUAAGUGUUAAUUAUAAACAAAAAGAUCAAAACAUGUUUUACGUAUUUUAUUAUAUCAUAUUGUCUUUAAAAAGACAGAGAAUACUGCAUUAUAUUUUGUAUACAAUGUUCCAGAUAGAUAUUUUUCUCAAAAAUGCAUAUUGCUUUCCCACAGAUGAACGUUUGAAAUAAGCUGUUAAAAACCAUAAACUUCAUUGUGACUUUUUCAAAAUACUAAAGUCAAGAUUAAUUUCAAAAAAUAUUAGCCUUAGCCUUUUACAUACAGCUUUGUUUUCCUAGGUUUUCCUUCAAAGACUACAACGAUCAGGAGUGCCUGAGGGUAAAGAUGAGGUGGACAAUGAAGUUAUCGUACAUAAGACGGAUGGCCCACUGGACAUUGUACAAGGACAAAUAAAAAACGACAAAGGCAUUUCUCUUGCAAUCUACAGAUUGCCAAACAAUAUAGAAGAACAGGUAAACAAACUUGACAGAGAUUGAUAUUCUGGCUGCAUGCAUGCAUGUGCACAAUAAAUAAGAGUCACCUCACAAAAAAUGUAUGGGCACAUUUUAAUUAAAACUGUCAGUAAUGGCUAAUGCAGUUUAUUAAAGUAAAUGUACUAUCAUUUUAUUGCUAAUAACCGUUCAAGCGAUAUGCAAGGUUAAUAUGCAUCCUUGUUCCCAGACCCAGGCUUGGGUGGCCCUGCUGUUCGACAAUCCUGUUGAAUUGCGUCGAAGUUCGGAAGCAGAUUUUUGUGUCUGUGGAUGAGGAUGGCAGAUAUAAUGCAAAUGUUUAUCGACAUAUUAAUUUGGUGUUAUUAAUAUUAUUAUUACAGAGUGCGCGUAUUUUAGCUAUUUUCUACAAUUUGUAACGGCGAUAAGUAAUAAGAAUUAAAGAGAAAGAUAUAUUUUAGAUAAUUAUUUUAUAUUAAUAUUUUUAGUGUCUUCACGGAUGCAUAGAAAAAGUAUUGGGACUGGUGGCACGAUUAAAUUUUGGCCUGAAGCAAUUUUAUAACAUCGUUAUUCUCGGUUCAGUCGCCGAUAUAACAAAGGCGGAGCAACGGAUUAGAGAAAAUUAUAGGGGAGAAAACGAAAUAGGAUUCUAUGCGUGGAAUACCACCACAGGCAGUAAUAAUAAAUCAGGUAAUAAAAUAAGCAUUUUUAUACAACUGCUUUUGGCGAUUAGAAUAAUCGGUAAAAGAUAACAAUCAGAUAACAAUAUCAACAAACACAUUUUUAGGCAUUUCAAUAUAUAUAGGAAUACAAACAGAACCUUGUAGCGGUGAUGCUGGGGUUGCCGAACAUUUUGCUCCACUGACUGGACUAAAAAUGGAGUUGUUUGCACGUUCUUUAAAUAGUUUUAGUUAUUAGUUUUCUUUCUUGAAGAAAAUCUUGGAAUGAUCAGUUGUGUGGAGUCAUUUCUUAUUCACCAUGCAGCGGUUGGCAACAAUGUUCUACCAGAGCACUUUAAUUUUGGGGAGGAGUUAGUUUCUAACUUCAUAGGAAAUGGUAAUAACAAUGACAUAUUAGAGAGGCUAAUAGGAUUAUUCAGCCAAGAAUGCGACUGGAUACUCGACAUAAACUCGAGUAAAGGUAAGAGAAUGUUACAUUAAAGAACCGACAACAAGUUCCCUAAAUAGUAUAAACUAUCAUCCUCGUUUUCUAAAAUGCAUUACAUUUUUUGCAGCAUCCGCCACUCUCAUGGCAUUGAAAACAAAAAGAAACGCCAUCUAUCUUUGCGAAACAAACGAUGAAGAAUUUUAUGUUAAAAGAGCAAUAUCAGACACCAAAAGAAAUCGCUUAGACGGCUGACCUAAA